AUGAAGUUUACAUUGUUGUGGUUAGUAAUUUUAAAUAUACAUUUUGAUUAUGUUCUAGGAGAGGUGGAAUGUUACAAAUGCAUCGACAAAUUCGACGGUGGUUGUUAUUAUGGAAACGAGGAGUACAUGACACGUUCUAACUGUUCUGAGGAAGAAGUGUGUAUUGUUCACAUUACCGAAAUUACGCAACGAUCACAUUCGUACAAAUUGACGAAGCGAGGAUGUUUCACGCCGGAUUUUUGCGAUAACUUAAAGACGGUCAAAAAGGUAAAGACAAAUAGCAAAACUGUUCAUUGCAAAACUUGCAAUACGACUCUAUGUAACGAUUCCGCGAUGAGAAUCGCUCCAUUAUAUUUCAUUUGUAUCCUGCUUAAUGUAAUAUUUAUUUAA